AUGUUGCAGCGCUCCUUAUUCAGACACAUUGCUCCUCCACGUCUCCGGAGUCCUCUUACCAGGCGUUGGCUGUCAGCGCACAAGGCAGAACCUCCCACCCCUCCACCUCCCAAGUCCAAGCCAGACGAGCAAGCUGCCCUAAGAAAUCGCUUCGACCGCUUCAUUGAACGCACCCCACGUUUUCUUCGACCUACAGUUACUGGGCUGCGACAAGCUCCGGUUUCGCAUAUUGCAGCAUUCAUUGUCCUUCAUGAACUGACUGCGGUCAUACCAUUAUUUGGGCUCGCAGGCGCUUUCCAUUACUGGCACUGGCUCCCUUCCUAUUUUGCUGAGGGAGCUUGGAUCUCUGCUGGUGUGGAGAAAUUUGCGCGAUAUUUCCGAAAAAAAGGCUGGAUCAAUGAAACAGACGAGAAGGAGAUUGAGCAGGAGACAAAGAAGGGCAAUGCAGGACGCUUUGAAAAUCACAAAGAAACAAGCUCGAAAUGGUUCAAUCGAGGAGAGAGUGCCACAAGAUGGGUGGUCGAGUUCGCGACAGCAUAUGCGUUGGUAAAAGCCCUGUUGCCUUUGCGUCUUCUGGUCAGCGUUUGGGGCUCGCCAUGGUUUGCGCGAAUUGCCAUCAUUCCCAUCGGCAAUGCCACAAAAUCAAUUUUUCGACGAUCCAAGUCAUGA